CGCGCUCCGCGGCCAGUCCGGUAUAGUCAGAGUGCGAUCCGAUCCUCAGUGAACGAUAAGCGCGAAACCAAAGACUCGAAGACAAGUCGAAAGAAGUCCCGAAGACUCGGGGAGGAACCGGGAGUCCCGAACACCCGCGCAGCGGCUCCGACAAUUCGUCAGAAUCAAACGAUUUACCCGUAUUACGAUUGGGCAGUGUUCGUGUUACAUACAAACGUGAUUACGUAUUACAGUGCAUCGGCAACAAAAUGACAACCAAUAUGAAGCAGACAGUUAUUAAGAAUCCCACCUGGUGGAGGCGACGCUCCGCGCUGGAACGUGGUCUGACCAUCACCGCCGUCAUCGGAGUCCUCUUCUGCGUGGCUCUCGCCAUCGGUCUCGCGGUGAUCGCCUCGUCGGCGAAAUCUUGCGACCUCGCCAAUCCGGUAGCGGAUAACCAUGAGAUACUGCCGUCCACAGCUACGGCCGCACUGGGAUCCAAUCAGGCGUUGAGGCCCACAGUAGUCAUAUCCAAAGAUGGGAAUGUCAACGCCGCCGAAACCUAUUGUUUCACCCCCGGAUGCAUUCACACAGCGUCCAAGGUCCUAGACAACCUGAACCCGCAAGUCGAACCCUGCGAUAACUUUUACGAAUUUUCCUGCGGCGGGUUCAUCGAGGCCACUACUAUACCCGAUGACAAAACUAGCGUCAACAGCUUCUCCGUUAUCAGCGACAAGCUUCAGGAUCAACUGAGAACGAGCAUCGAGGAACCAAGUAGUGCCGAUGAACCGAAGCCGUUCACCCUCGCCAAAAACUUGUACAAGGCUUGUAUGAAUAAGACUGCUAUCGAAAAGGCGGGUCUGGCGCCACUUCGCAAUAUUAUAGAAAAAUUGGGAAGAUGGCCAGUUCUUGUCGGAGACAGCUGGAACGAUAAUGAGUUCGACUGGGUUGACAGUGUCUACAAAUUCCGUAAACUUGGCUAUUCCGUGGAUUACUUCAUCGAUUUUAGCAUCGGCAUCGAUCUGAAAAACAGCACGAAGCGCAUAAUCGAUCUGGACCAAGCAUCGCUCGGACUCUCUCGGGAAUAUCUAUCCAAGGGUCUCGAUGACAAGAUCGUCAAAGCUUACUUCGAUUACAUGGUCGAUAUCGCGGUCAUACUGGGAGCAAACAAGGAAAGAGCCACCCAGGAACUCAAAGAGUCUCUAUAUUUUGAAAUCAAACUGGCCAACAUAUCGUUGCCCAACGAGGAACGUAGGAAUGCCACUCUCCUCUACAACCCCACCACUGUUCGAGAGCUGAACGAACGUUACCCCAGCGUGAACUGGAAAGACUACAUCAACCACCUCCUGCCACCGACCGUCCAAGUGGAUGAAGAUGAAGUUGUCAUCGUAAACGUCCCGAAAUACAUCAGUGACCUCGAGGACCUUAUAAAGGUCACCCCUAAGAGAGUCCAGGCAAACUACGUCAUGUGGAGAGUCGCCGGAGCCUCGGUCAGUUACUUGAAUGAAGAGAUAAGAAAAAGACAGUUGGACUACUCAACCGCGCUGAGCGGCAAAACGGAGAGAGAGGCCAGGUGGAAGGAAUGCAUAGACAUCGUAUCUGGAAGCUUAUCGAUCAGCACCGGUGCUCUGUACGUCAGAAAAUACUUCAAUGAGAAUGCUAAGCAGAAUGCCGUUGAAAUGGUAGCCGAUAUCAGGCGGCAGUUUACCAAGAUUUUAGAAAAGGUCGAAUGGAUGGACGAAACGACUAGACGCAGCGCGCUUGAGAAAGCGGCAGCGAUGUCCACCCACAUUGCCUACCCAGACGAGCUUCUCGACGACAAGAAGUUGGAAGAAUUUUACGCGAAUUUGGAGCUUAGCCCUGACGACUACAUCGGUAGCAUUCUCAACCUGACUCUCUUCGGGACCGAGUAUUCUUUUGAGAAGCUGAGGAAACCCGUGAACAAAAGCGAAUGGAUCAGCCAUGGCCGUCCGGCGGUAGUGAACGCCUUCUAUUCCUCAAUCGAGAAUAGCAUCCAAUUUCCGGCUGGUAUUCUACAGGGUACUUUCUUCGACAACGACCGUCCCAAGUAUAUGAAUUACGGUGCGAUCGGCUUCGUAAUUGGACACGAGAUAACGCACGGAUUCGAUGAUCAGGGCAGGCAGUUUGACAAGGACGGCAAUUUGGUGGACUGGUGGGAGAUUGAGACGAAAGACAAAUACUUGGAAAAAGCGCAGUGCAUCAUUAACCAGUACGGAAAUUACACCGUAGAGUCAGUUGGACUGAACGUGAACGGCAUUAAUACACAGGGAGAAAACAUCGCGGAUAACGGUGGCAUAAAAGAGGCUUACCUAGCUUACAAGGACUGGGUCGAGAGGAAUGGUCCCGAGCCGAAAUUGCCCGGUCUAAAAUACACCCCGGAGCAGAUGUUCUGGAUCAGUGCGGCGAACACUUGGUGCAGUAAAUAUCGGCCUGAGUCUAUGAAGUUGCGCAUUACCACGGGUUUCCACAGCCCGGGAGAAUUCAGGGUUUUAGGACCUAUGUCGAAUAUGAAGGAAUUCGCUAUGGACUUCAAUUGCCCACUGGGAUCCGUGAUGAACCCAGAGCACAAGUGCUCCGUUUGGUAAGCCGCCCAGACGGCUGUCGCCUACAGAUAACAGAAACUUUCCGUUUAUCGUUAUAAUUCAAUGAUGGCCGACAAAGCUACUCUUUACGGCCACCUGCAUCAAGUUAAAAAAACCCAUUUUUAAUUCAGGAUUAUUAAUAUCCCUAGUUUUCUACCUUUUCUAAGCUAAGAUAGACAAAUUAAGCUAAUCGGAGGUCAAAGUAAGGAUGAAUUCACAUCGACAAAUGAUGCUGACGAUUCGCGGAAAGGAAAAAAGCAAAAGGAUAAACAGAAGUACCGAAAAAAAUACAAAUAUAGGAAUAAAAUAUGGAGUCUCGCGACAAAAUCAGCUUAUACGACCAGCUUAUAUCUGUAUAUUGAAGAUGUAAAAUAAGGUCGUAAAAUGAACUCUGGCUUUUCGUUCGGAAAAAAUUAAGCUUCGCCGAAGAGCGAACGAAGGCUGGAAUGGUCGGGUCACGUGUGAUCCGUUCAAAAGAAUAAUCACCCUGUACUUUCCUGUGAUUUUCAAUUAUACAAUGAAAGUAUAUUAUACGAAUUGAAAGCUCGUGGUAUUGAAAGCCGGAAUUCAUGCAAGACCGGUUCCGCAUGAAUUUGGCCACCGCCUGUACCGCACCAAAUUAUUAUAGAAAUACCUAUUACCUAUGGAUCAGUUCAAAAUUCGAAGUAAUUGGCCUUGGCCAUACCAUGUUAUCUUCAAAGGCGAAAAAAAUGGUGGGUAAUGGGGUAGAGUGAAGAUAAUGAAAAGUUGUACAAAGAAGUAACUAAAUAUAUUAUACCUGUGCUAGAUUAUCUACCUAUGACGGAAUAAAAACGCACACCGCGUCUCAAAAAGCUUACAUUCAUCGUAGUGCUAUAUGGUGCUAUCAUUGGAUUGACUCGAAACUUUGUUCAGUGGCCGUCAGUUCUUCACUUUUUAUCGGUUUUGUGUAUUGAAAGUAUUCGCAAAAUGAUUAAAAUUCUGUAAUUCAGUCACGAUCACCUAUAACUGAUUGCUUUUUAUAUACAUACCGUCGAACCGGUAUCCAGUGAUUCGAGUAUUCAAUUUCUCUGAAUUGAACACAACGCGAUUUAUUUGCACUUUUAAGUUUGGAUUAUGGUAUUGGUUUCAACCCUGAAAAUUAAACGAUCUUAUAAUCAGAAGAAUCACAUACAGCUGUGUGAGGCUUCUUAUUGUUUGAUCCUUACAUUUUUAGGAUUCAACAUGAAUACGUAAAAACCAGAAUUUACAUGUCAAGGUUAUUGUUUUAAAAAAAUGUAACCACGGCUCGUUUUCAGAACCACCGAAUGAUCGCUAUAUUCAUGCCAGAUUAAUAAGUUAUUCAAACAGUGUUAGAAGUAUGAAUGGUAUACCAUAUAAACGACGUUCGCGCUAUUAUUAUCAAGUAUUGUACUUAUUGUUAGGGAACAUGAAAAAUGGCAUUGAAUAUUCUCGCUACCACUAUGAUUUAGACUUGGAAUGAUAAAUAAAUCACGUAUCGCUCUCUUGUUGCGAUAUCCUGACUAUUUUCGUGGGUUGAAAGAACACUGUAAGCUACCUGGUAUUUAUUAUAUCACACUUCUAGCAAUCAUAUAUUAUUUCACGGUCGAAAACAAGAAAUCUUGUUCGUAUUUAAAGAUGUACUUGUUAUAUGUCAAAUUUUAAUAAUAAAAUUCAAAAAGCACUUA